CCUAGACUAGCUCAUUCCUUCCUUAUGCGGUCUGUUGAAGAGGAAUUUACAUCAACGACAAACAGUAAUGUCUGCGCCCUUGGAACUUGAAUCGUGCUGGUGAAGUGAAAAUUUCCAGACAAUCCACACACACCUGUACAAAAAACCCCAGAAACCUGAGCAUGUCCUUGCAUUGACGGGACAAUGGCUUGCAAAGAACAGCAGGACGAGGAACUUGAGGUUCUGCAUUCAAUAUAUGACGGCGAUGAAUUCUUCAAGGAGAUAGGUCCUACCAGUUUUCAGUAUAAGUAUGGUGAAGAUGGUAACUAUAAGUCUUUUAUGCUGGAGAUAUCCUGGCCUGAAACGUACCCUGAUGAGCCUCCUGUCUUGAACUUAGAUUUAUUCUACAAUAAGCAUAUACUCUCUGAUGUCAAAGAAUUCAUCAAACAACAAGUCUUGGAACAGGUUGAAGAGUCUCUAGGAAUGCCGAUGACAUUCUCGCUGUUUGAAUGGGUGAAGGACAACCUAGAAAACUUGACUGCCAAUCAACCAGAUGCUCCACUUGCACAGAAUAACACCCGUUCUGAUCUGCAACAAUCAAACGAAUGUAUCAGUGUCGACUCUUCAAAGAAGAAGGAGAAAAAAGAGCAGAUGACUAAAGCUCAGAAGCGUCGUGUGAUGGACAAAUAUGGGGCCACCUCGGAGAAAACCAGGGGCUGGAAUUGGGUGGACAUUGUGAAACACCUUAGUCAGACUGGCGGUAAAAACUCUGACGAUUCUUGACACACAAACUAAACAUAUAAUAUUGUUAUUUUUACAUUUUAAAGAAGUUAAAAGACUAGGUGUAUAAAGGUCGAUAAUUAAUCUAUAGUUAAUUUUUGCUGUAUACGAAAAACAUAGUAUCUAUGUGCCAAAAGUGGAAUGGUGAGGAGAAUGCCAUUGGCUAAUCCAUAAACCUCUGGUUUUUAACCUCUCAGAAAUUGCCCUCUCCACCCCCCUCUAAUUUGGGUUGGAGUUGGUACUGGCAUAAAAAAUAAAAAAUCCCACACUU